AAAAGAGUGAACGAUACAAAGGCAUUGUAGACACAUAAAGGCUAGUCUAUUAAGAAUAGAAAUACAAAUUAUAUAUUUGCUAAUAAAAUUAUAUCACAGCAUUCUACUAAAACAUUUAUAGUACGGGUAGCGUCCUUUAUAAUAUAUGCAAUAGACUGCCGCGUACUAAAACACCGGAAAGAACAUAUUUUGGACAGCAGCCUACACGUGGGUUUCUUAAUUCACGAGUGCUUGUUGCUGUGUAUGUACUGGGCAAGAAAACUUAUGUAUUAUCUUAAAAACAGGGGAAAUUAGUAAGCUGCAGAAUGCUUAAGUCAAAAACAUUUGUGAAAAAAACCCGUUCCGGUGGGAUUAUGAAGAUAGUCCGUGAGCAUUAUCUAAGAGAUGACAUUUGGUGUGGAAGUGAAUUUUGUGUUGAAUGCAAACAUGAUUCAACUGUGCUGCAGAAAGAAGCAUACAUCGAAAGCGACUUGUGUUCGUCCCCUCACUACAUAAUUCCAGAUACAAACGUUGUAUUACAUCAGAUUGAUAUUCUGGAAGAUCCUUUGAUCAAGAACGUGAUAAUUCUGCAAACAGUUCUGCAAGAGAUCAGACAUAGAAGUGCCCCAGUCUACAAAAGAAUCAAAGACGUCAUCCAUAAUGCAACAAAACAUUUCUACACUUUCACUAAUGAACAUCACAGGGAAACGUUCAUCGAGCGAGAGCAGGGAGAGAGCGCAAAUGACAGAAAUGACAGAGCGAUCCGCACUGCAGCGCAGUGGUACAGUGGACACUUGAAAAAGGCCCCAGAUGCUCAGGACCUGAGGAUAAUUUUACUUACGAAUGACAAAGCGAACAAGCAGAAAGCGGAGGAGUGUGGUCUGAGUGCAUAUAAAUGUGAAGAGUAUAUAAAGAGUUUGAUUGCUAAUCCUGAGCUGGUGGACCGACUUGCUUUAAGUUCAGAUGACAACAAUGAAAUCACAACCAGUAAAGUUCUCUUCCCGGAGCAUCUUCCCCUCUCCCGCAUCCAGGCCGGGAUCAAGAGUGGGAAUCUCCUCCAAGGGACAUUCCGCGCUAGCAGGGAUAAUUACCUUGAGGCCACUGUCUUCAUACAAGGCGACGGAGAGGAUAGCACGGAGGUUCUGAUCCAAGGCCUGCAGAAUUUGAACCGGGCCGUUCACCAGGAUGUGGUGGCCGUGGAGCUGCUGCCGCGGGAUGCCUGGGCUUCCCCCUCCUCCUUGGUUCUCCUGGACGAGGGCCCCAAGGCUGACUCUGAGAACGUGGAAGAGGAGAAUGUGCUGAAGGGCUCUGCCAGCAGCACCGAGUCGAAACCUUCCGGAAAGGUGGUGGGCAUUAUUAAACGAAACUGGAGACCUUUCUGUGGGAUGCUUUCUCAGUCCCAAAUCAAAGAGGCAACAAGACAUUUAUUCACACCGGCUGACCGUCGUAUUCCCAGGAUCAGAAUAGAAACCCGGCAGGCCGCGACCUUGGCGGGUCAGAGGAUCAUGGUGGCCAUUGAUGGCUGGCCCAAGCAUUCUAGAUACCCCAACGGUCACUUCGUGAAGGCGUUGGGUAACGCCGGGGAUAAGGAGACGGAGACGGAGGUGCUGCUGCUGGAGCAUGACGUUCCUCACCUGGCUUUCUCUCAGCUUGUUCUCAGCUUCCUUCCCAAAAUGCCUUGGGCCAUCACAGAAGAGGACAUGAAACAUCGCGUUGACCUGAGGAAGUUGUGUGUGUGCAGUGUGGACCCUCCCGGAUGUACGGACAUUGACGACGCCCUUCACUGUCGAGAGCUGGAGAAUGGGAAUCUGGAGAUUGGUGUCCAUAUAGCCGAUGUCAGCCAUUUCAUCAGGCCUGGGACUGCACUGGACCAGGAGGCAGCUAGUAGGGGCACGACAGUGUAUCUCUGUGAAAAGAGAAUCGAUAUGGUGCCGGAAUUGCUGAGUUCCAAUCUGUGCUCUCUGCGUUGCAGCGUGGACAGACUGGCGUUUUCCUGCAUAUGGGAACUGAACCAGGACGCUGAAGUUCUCCACACGCGAUUCACAAAAAGCGUAAUAAACUCCAAGGCCUCGCUCACAUACGCCGAGGCACAGAUGAGGAUAGACGAUUCCAGCAUGAAUGAUGACAUCACCAAGAGCCUGCGGGGGCUAAACAGGCUAGCAAAGAUGCUUAAAAAGAAGAGAAUUGAAAAGGGUGCACUGACCCUGUCUUCUCCUGAAGUUCGCUUCCACAUGGACAGUGAGACCCAUGACCCAGUAGAUCUCCAAACCAAAGAACUCAAGGAUACCAACUCCAUGGUUGAAGAGUUCAUGUUGCUGGCCAACAUAUCGGUAGCGCAGAAGAUCUACGAUGAGUUUUCUGAGUGUGCUCUGCUCAGGAAACAUCCAGCUCCACCGCUGUCCAACUAUGACAUCUUGAACAAGGCUGCCAAGUCAAGAGACGUUGUGAUCCAGACAGACUCCGCUAAGACCCUGGCUGACUCGCUGGACAGGGCUCAGAUUGAGGACUUCCCGUACUUCAACACUCUGCUGCGUAUCCUGGCCACUCGCUGCAUGAUGCAGGCUGUCUACUUCUGCUCCGGAAUGGACAGCGACUUCCACCAUUAUGGUCUGGCAUCGCCCAUCUACACCCACUUCACCUCGCCCAUCAGGAGAUAUGCUGACAUUAUAGUACACCGGCUGUUGGCGGUGGCCAUUGGAGCGGACUGCACCGACCCGGACCUGCUGGACAAACAUAAGCGGUCGGCUCUCUGCAACAACCUGAACUACAGGCAUAAGAUGGCUCAGUAUGCCCAGCGGGCCUCUGUCGCACUCCACACUCAGCUGUUUUUCAAGAGCCGGGGUGUUCUGAACGAAGAGGGUUUCAUCCUCUUUGUAAGGAAGAAUGCCAUCAUUGUCCUCAUCCCAAAGCUUGGGUUGGAGGGUACAGUCUUCUUCGAGAGCAAAGACAGGAUCACGCCCCCUCUGACUUUUAACGAAGAGGGGCCCACGCUGACCGUACAGAACCACACAUUUCACUUGUUUGACAGAGUGAAAGUAACCCUGAGUUUAGAUUCGUCAAACAUUCAACACCAGAAAAUAAGAAUGUCCAUCAUAGAGCCAGUGAUUCCAGGAGUCAGUGUUGAUCCCCCUGAGAUGGAGCCUCAGACGAAGAAAGCCAGGCUUGAGCACUGAGAUCAGGGCUCCGUUACAUCCGCUCUUGGUGUAUUUACUCACCUUCCUGUCAUACUUAAUUCUCAGUUUUUUAUAAAACAUUUAACCCACAUUGGUACAUUUUAAGCAUGAUAUAUUUUUUCUGGGACUCCUUGCCAGAUCCUUAGAAAAGCAAGUUUGGAAAGUACAAGUAAUUUAAGUCUCGAGCCUGGAAACACCUGGUUAAGACUUUGAAAUAAAUGUUAAAUUAAAUCCCUUUGCCAGUGCAUUUUAAGGAUAUUAUGAACUUUUUUCCCCCUGAUGGUGAUCUAUUUUAUAAUUUAUAUUUUUGACAAGAUUUUAGAAUUUUGUACUUACUGUAGAAAUUCCUUAUCUUUUUUUUCCAUUUCAACUUCCCGGUUUAUCAAAGCUUCACAGCAAUUCUGUGUUACACAUUAUCUGACUAAUAAAUCUUGCUUUACUAAAGGAUUUUUUUAAAAAUGAA